CGUUGGGGCGUCUCCUUCUGCCGUCACCGGCGUCGAUCUGUCGACGAGAGACCGCACGCACCCUCCGUCUGCAGGGAUAAACCAAGUUUGUUAUUUAUUUACAAGGUAUUGUUUUUCAUGUUACGAAAUAACGAGGGUGAAUCGGAGUUGCGAAAGGGGUGGACUGCGAGGUGGUCCUUCUAAUAGUGAAAACUAAAACCGAACCAGUUAUGACCAGUUGAGGACAGUGAUAAGUGACCGAGGAAAUUCGUCGUACUCAUCGCGGGCGGAAGGGACACACGGUUAUUUUCGUGCGGAAAUGAUAGUGCCACCAAAAAUCGAGCCCUCUUCGGGCCGCAGCCCGUGAUCGUCGAAUCGGCGAUGAUAACUGCGGGCAGUCUCAACUAAAACAGUGUGAACCUGGGAACGCGUUACCUGAUUCUCUCUUCUCUCUCUCUCUCUCUCGACGUUUCAACUCGGGCUUUUCUCCUCGGCCUGGGUCAGAAAAUAAGCCCUUGCCACCGCAGGACACGAAACUCAACGGGCUAAUAACCAUCGUUGAGCACGAUGGCUUUGCCCAGACUUCAGCAUAAACGAUGGCCGAUUCACGCGGCCCCAACCCAAUAAGUCAGUUGUGGACCGCGACAGUGUCUCCCGAACCGGACUCGGAGUGUCUGUACGAGGAGAUAUCAGGCCUCUCCGUGGGUCAUGAAUUAGAAAGAUCGGAGGAAGGGAGCGAGGGUGGUCAUAGGAGGAACGGCGCGGGAGGGGAUAGGGGAGUCCUCGAUUAUACGUCCAGGGUGGAGAAGCAAUAUGCGGUGCGAGGGUGUUACGGGGAGUCUGGACCAGGCGCCGCACUCGACGCGGCUGCCACCCUCAAGCUGACGAGGGGUCGAACUGCUCGCUACGUCUCGCCCCAUUACCAAUACGGUGCAGGUCAGAUCGCAGAGCGCCCUAGCGGCAGGUCACCACGCGACCGUUUCAACCGCGGCUCCUUCAGUAAUGAGACGCAGGAAGAAAUACAAGAGGACGAUGAAGCCACUCUUAGGGAGUUGCUUGUAAGUCUGCAGAAGCAGGUCAGCGUGAUGAGUAUGAACUUGAGUGCCAAGCUGGAUGAGCUGCAGCGGGGCGACCGCCAGCUAGAAACAACUGUUGCACUAUGUGAAAUUCGAACCCAACUGCAGGAGCUUACCAAGAGCGUAGAGUCUUGUCAGAGCGAAGUCAGUGAAGUAAAACGCGACAUGGUGGCAAUCAAGCACGAGUUAGACACGGUUCAACAGGUGAAGGAAGAGAUAGAAGAAUUACGGGAGUAUGUGGAUCGUCUGGAAGAGCAUUCCCAUCGAAGAAAGCUUAGACUACUUGAACAGGGGUUGACAUUAUUCCUGUCGUAUGCAAUUCUGGCAGCAGUACUUGGCAUGCUACAGUUUGGAUACAACACUGGUGUUAUCAAUGCUCCCGAAGUGAAUAUUGAGAACUUCAUGAAGGAUGUGUACAAAGAUAGGUAUGGGGAAGACAUUAAAGAGAGCGCAGUUAAGAGGUUGUACUCAGUUGCGGUCAGUAUAUUCGCUAUUGGCGGUAUGCUUGGCGGUUUUAGUGGAGGGAUGAUUGCCAACAGAUUUGGCAGAAAGGGGGGCUUACUGCUAAACAACGUGCUGGGCAUCGUCGGGGCAUGCCUUAUGGGUUGCACCAAAAUUGCCAACUCGUAUGAAAUCCUGUUCCUCGGCCGGUUCAUCAUCGGUGUUAAUUGUGGCUUAAACACCUCCUUGGUUCCCAUGUACAUAUCGGAAAUAGCACCACUGAACUUGAGAGGCGGCCUGGGCACGGUGAACCAGCUCGCUGUUACGGUGGGCCUCCUGGUCUCCCAGGUGUUGGGCAUCGAGCAGAUUCUUGGCACAAGAGAUCGCUGGCCGGUUCUUUUAGGUUUGGCCAUCUGCCCUGCCAUCCUGCAGCUAUUAUUAUUACCAUUUUGUCCAGAAUCUCCCAGAUACUUGCUCAUAACAAAGCAAUGGGAAGAGGAAGCAAGGAAAGCCUUGAGAAGGCUGAGAGCUAGUAAUCAAGUGGAAGAAGAUAUUGAAGAGAUGAGAGCAGAGGAACGUGCUCAACAGGCGGAAGCUUCCAUUUCAAUGACAGAACUCAUAUGCAGUCCAACAUUAAGGGCUCCUCUGGUUAUUGGUGUUGUUAUGCAGUUGUCACAACAGCUGUCCGGUAUUAACGCAGUUUUUUACUAUUCUACAGAUCUGUUCAUGAGUUCUGGAUUGACCGAAGAGAGUGCGAAGUUUGCAACCAUUGGUAUCGGAGCCAUCAUGGUUGGUAUGACUCUGGUCUCGAUUCCACUGAUGGACAGGACAGGACGACGCACCCUCCACUUGUACGGUCUAGGCGGGAUGUUCAUCUUCUCCAUCUUCAUCACGAUUUCAUUCCUAAUAAAGGAGUUUUUCGGUUUCGUGCAGGAAAUGAUUGACUGGAUGUCUUACCUUUCGGUGGUCUCGACACUCAGUUUCGUCGUAUUCUUUGCCGUGGGACCUGGAUCCAUUCCGUGGAUGAUCACAGCAGAGCUAUUCUCCCAGGGUCCUAGGCCAGCAGCCAUGUCCAUUGCUGUACUCGUUAAUUGGAUGGCCAAUUUCCUUGUCGGCAUAUGUUUUCCAAGCAUGAAGACUGCGCUAGACACCUACACGUUCCUGCCAUUCAGUGCAUUCUUAGCUAUCUUUUGGAUAUUCACGUACAAGAAGGUUCCCGAAACGAAGAAUAAAACGUUCGAAGAAAUCCUUGCCUUGUUCAGACAUGGUAACGACAGGAGCAGCUUGCGGGAAAGCAGAUUAUACGGGAGCAUGCUAAACUGUGUGAAUGCGUUAGAGGAGCACAUACCGCCAGCGGAGAGCGCUGCCCUGAUGGUGGCCGAGGAGAAGCCACAUCCUGACUCAUUUGUGUUUGCAGCUGGCUCAGAGCGAUCUUCCAUCGCUCCCGCUCAGCCGGAGAGACCACCGCCCCCGCUUCCCCCGCCACGCUUUCCGAACAGCGGUGUCUGACAAUGGGAAACUCCUCUUAACAUUGGGAACUUUAUGAUGAUGAACACACCGAUGCCACUGCCCCUGCUUCUGAGUACGAACAGCCUAACGUUGGAGAAUCAUCUCUACGAGAUAAUAACGGAACGGAGCAAAGCCUGCGCGAUGUUCUUGAGGAAUAGCCUGAGGCGUGCGGCGAAUGCGACGACUCUUACAUGGAACCUAAACUCCGAGGGCGAGCCGCAAUUUCAUACGGACUCUUAGAAGAAACUUUAUAGGUCAUCAGUGCCUAUUUCAAUGGUGUCCAAUAUAUUCGAAUACGGUCUAAUUCACGUAUGCAUACACACACAUAUAUAUACACACACGACACAUGCGACACACAACACACACACACACGCACACACACUCACAUACGCACGCGAACACAAAAAUUCAAACCAGAGACGUUGAUCCGAGAACACAAAAACUUCAAACCUUAAUUAGUAUGUAGACUCCUCGUAAUAUAAAUUAUAUGAUAUAAUAAUUAAUGAACAUUGUAUAAGAGAUCUAUUGUAUGAUGCAUUAUGUUGAUCGAAAAUCGAUUAAUAUUUGUAUAUAUAUAAAGGUAAGAUCGACGCUCACUGAAAGAAAUAGAAAAGAAGAGGAAAAAACACAAAAAUAACAAACAAAAAUGCAAUUAUCGACCACACUAAAUUAUGUUUAAUGAACUAUAAUUGAAUGGUGAAGAGAUUGUGAAAAAAAAAAGAAAGUGUGCGGGUGUAACGGAAGGUUUCCUAAACGGUCCUUACGUCUAGGAUUCUGUUUUUCUUUCUUUUUUUUCCACAUAGCUGGUGUGAAAUGACGUUUAAGCAUAAAUUGAAAACUUCCGGAUCACGACAGCGUGAAAAUCAUUGCUUUUAAAUCACACGUUAUAUACUCGUCAAUUUUAUAAAUGAAUCCAAUUGUUUGAUUCAGAUGCAUUAAAGUGAUUUUAGUAUAAUUUUGAAAUAACUGCGAUACGCGUUUCAAUAAUGAAAAUUUAAUUAUAAACAAUUGACGGAUUCUGGAUGACAUAAUUGCGGCACGAUCUGGAACACAAUUAUCGAAAACAAGAAACCUUCCCUUAUAUGUACAUAUAUGUAUAUACAUGUACACUUAUAUACCAUACAUCAUAUUCUACAAGUGUAUAAUAAUCCUUCAUUGUUCAGUAGCGUAGCCAAAAAAAAAAGUUAUUUGGCGAUCUAGUAUGUUCCAAGUUAACAUCAAUUAAUAUAUAUACACAUGUACAUGUACACUUAUAUAUAUAUAUAUGUAUACAUGUAUGUAUAUAUAUAUAUAUAUAUAUAUAUGUAGAGGGAAAUUUUAACUUUCUCGGGCCUCAAGUUUCUUUAUGGUCACAAGUCAAUUCAAUGAUGAUUUUUAUCCUUGAUCGAAGUUCAAAAGUCAAAUUAGGCAAAAAAAAAAGGAAGAGAAAUAAAAAAAAAAAAAAAAAAAAACAAACAAAGUGCACAGUUGGCGAGCAGCAAAGUUGUUUUAUUUUUAGUUACAUUACAUGCACUAAGCCAAAGACUCGAUAAGUUAUUUUGCAUUGCGUAAUACUUGAAUUUCAUUCUACAAAAAAGGACAGACAGAUUUUUAAUAUAACUCGAAUUUCUUCAGUCACUUGACCGAAUAUAUUGGUUUGAUUUUAAACUUAAUAUAUACUAUGAAAAACACUAUUUUCUUUCGAAUAUUGUGAAAGUGCUACUUAUGAGGAAGAAUUGUAUCGUCGUGUUGUAUUAAAUAUGAAUUCAACGAGAAAUGAUUUUUCAAAUCGUUUAUUCGCUUCUCGUAAAAUGCUACUUGAAUAAUUUUGUUGUCUUCCGUUCUUGUGCUCGCAGUUCUGAAAUCUGAAGCAAAAAAAGAUUAAGAAAAAGGUAUUGGACUAUUUGUACCGACUUAACGUAAUAUGUAAACUAUUUGAAAAAAUCAAGGUAAUAUGAAUACUUAGUAAUAGCUAUGGGGAAUGAAUAAAAUAAUUAAAAGAAAAAAAAAGUUAAUAUACAGUGCUGCGCACCAUAUAAACGUAAUUUAAAAAAAAAAGAAAAAAAAAAAAAAAGAACUUCUAAUUAUAAGCUGUCCAAAACAUACAGAAUCAGUGAGAAAGGCAAUAAAGCUAUUGAACUGAGAAUAUGCUAAAGUAGGUUUCCUCGCAUUGUGGUACUAUCAGACUUUACGAUACUAUAUUAUUAACAAUAAUUUAAGUUAGGUAUAGCUACUAGAAAAGAGGAGUACAAAGACAAGAGAUGCUAACAUCCGAUGGAAACUGUGAAACUGCUAUGCCAACUUAUGAAAAAACAAAAGGAAGAAGAAAAGGUAGAAAAAGGAAAUGAAAAGUAUCUAUAAACAAGAAAAAAAAAAAAAAAAAAAGAAAAAGAAAAAUAAAUAAACAAAUAAUGGUCAGGAAACACGCGCGGUCUCUCACUUUACGUAAUGGCUGUACAAUAAUUGCGGACCGAGUAACGCUAGCAUAUCCAUUUUUUAAAUAUUAUAAGCUUAUGAACUCAAUACGGAUAACUGGUAAAAUAGAAGCAAUUCCUUUGACUCAGAACUAUGAAUGCGCGUUAAGUACAUGCGCGUUAUUGUAAGUAAACAUGUAGUAAUAACCGAUGAGAUUGAUUUUGCAAGUUGUAAGCUUUUCGAAUAGUUUUUAAGGUUUCUACCACGAUUCCAAGUUCAUACUGUACCGUGCAGCCAGAGUGUAGUAACGAUGACCAUUCUUCAAAUUUCAAAAGUAAUUUACGACACGCUGAAUUACGCGCGUCGAUGAAUAUGAAAUACAGUAUUUGAAUUAUUUUAUUUUAAAAACGGUAACUAAUUUGCAUAGAUUGUUUUGAGUCAUAAGACCACGGUAAGCUCAUUUAACGCAACGUAGAUAGAGCCUUACAAAGUUUGGACCCAGAGUCCAUCGAGCAAGUGAUCACAAUAACAAUUUGUAAAAUAAGUUCACUGCCAUACAAAUAAUAAACAAAAAUAAAAAGAAAAAAGAACAAUGACUUGCGCCCACGUCAAAGGGCCAAUGUUCCAAUUAUGGAUGUGUACAGUUCUGUGAAGAUACUAAUUAUAACAUAAUUAUAAUUACAUUAUAACGAUACUCAUUAUGAUUAUUAUUAUUAUUAUUAUUAUUAUUAUUAUUAUUAUACAUACAACUAAUUACGAUAUGGUGAUAUUAAGAAUGAUAUACAUAUUUAGAAUAAAGAAAAAUCAACUGCGGAGCUGUUAUAUACCGAAUGAAAAUGAAUAAUCAUCUGAUCAAAAUGAAAUUUUGUCGCAGUUUGAAAAUUGCAAUGAAAUUGGAAAAAAAAUUACUAAAUGAUGUCGCGAUCAAACUAACAAGUAUGAAAAUUCAUAAUAAUAUCAGUGAUACGGGUCCAGUGAUCAGAACUCAAAAGAUCGUUUUACCAAAAGGAAAAAAAUAUCUGUAGAUUUACUUGAAACCGUAGUUUACGUCCUUGGGACGUCGAACGCAGUAAUUCGGUUGAAAUAAACAUCGACAGAUGAGAAAAGCAGGUAUAAAUAACAAUUUGUCAAAUCAAAUAAUGCUCUCGUACAUUUUCAGUCGUUAUAGAGCUCUGCGAUUGAAACUCAUGCUAGUAGCAAUUAAUCACAAUAAUAUACAAUAGCGUAUUAUAAAGGAAAAAAAAAAACCUACUUACAUAAACUUGUAGAAUCAAUUAUGUACAGUGCGUAACAACCUAACCUAACGGAGACUUUCGCAGUUCACUAUCAGUUUGUAGAUAAAUCUCUUUUUAGUAUUGCAAAAUGAUUUGCCCCUUUGGUGUUUCUUGACCAGCUCUGAAAACACACACAUACAUGAACACAGGUAUUGAGAUCUUAAGCAAAGUUGACAAAAAAAAAAAAUUAAUCAUGUAGAUCCAAGUGAGAAAAGUUGAAAUUUUAUCGUCGAUGGGCAAGCUACACGGUUCAGUUAUUAGCGACAGA